UACCAGCUUUUCUUCUUAGAAACAACCUUAGCCAAGUCUUAAUUCUUUCUCCCUCUCUCUUCCUUCUGGCUCAUCAGCUUUCUCACUGUUAACAUUGGAUUUAUAACCACUUUGUAUCACUGUUUUGUUUGUUUGUUUAUUUGGCCAUACCCACAGGGUGUGGCAAUUCCUGGACCAGAAAUCAAACCUGCACUAUACCAGUGACCUGAGCCACAGUGGUGACAGUGCUGGAUCCUUAACUUGCUUCACCACCAGAAAAUUCCUAUAAUGCUGUUUUGAGGAUUGCGUGAGACAAUGUGCAGAAAGCACUUUAUAACAAUGCCUGGCACUUUAAAGUGUAACUGUUGGAAUGAUAAUUAUAAUGAUGUUUAUCUUUCUGAAAAUCUCCAAACAACUUGGUUGCAGUUUAUUUAGCCACUGGAAGAAUUCACUGUCAUCUGUUUUAUUUAGUCUCUAGUAUUAAGGAUAAGCCAGUCAUGCCUAAUUUUAUUUUCUGUUAUUUAAAUUGAUAAUGUUCAUGGAAUAGAAACUUUAAAUAGUCCCACCAUGAUUUUUACAGUUGCUGUUUUUACAGUUUUGUAGCCUGACAGAAGUAGAAAAGUUAGAGGUGGGGAAAGGUAAAGAGAUAAGAAGUGAAAAGUUCUUUCUGGUAUUUUUAGUUGAGUAGGUCUUAAAUAUAUCUCAUGUCGAAAUUAGCAAAUAGAGUUGAUCCUUGGACAAUAUGAGUUUGAACUGCAAGAGUCUAGUUAUAUAUGGAUGUUUUUCAGUAAAUACAUACUAUAGUAAGUUUUGUGUGAUCUCAGGUUGCCUGAAUUUGCAGAUGUGGGAGGACUGACUCUAAGGUUAUAGGUGGAUUUUUGACUUGGGGUGAGUGUCAGUGCUCUUGAAUCCCACGUUUAAGGGUCAGCUGUACUCACUGAGAGCCAGAAAGAAAGACAAUACAUAAGACGUGGUUUCUUCCUCAAAGACUUUAUAAUCCAGUGAGAUGUGAUUAAGUAUACCUCUCUGAUGAUACUCCAGUCUCAUCAGCAUGCCCAUUAUUUCAGAAAAGGGUAUGUCACCUGCAGUGAAAAAUGGCCACUAGAUGGCAUUGUCACCCCAUCAUCACCAAAUAGGACUUUCUUGAAUUACUUGGAUCUGUGGUUACGAUUGUCCAGGAGAAAUAACAAAUUCUUUUCCAAGAUUGAUAAAGCCAGCAGAUUCCCUUUCACCUUUGUAAAAUUAAUUCUACUGGCCAUUUGCAAGACCUAUCUAAUAAAUUCAUCUUAAUGGUACAGAUGCAGGAAAAUGUCAAAUCUAAUCCCUUGAAAAGUACACUAAUUUUCAAAGUAUUUACAUAAUUUUGAAUUUUAGGCAUGUUUAUGUCUUUCAAUUCAGGUAUUCACUUUUUGUAAUCUGUCUACCUUAAAGCAUUUUAAUAAUAUAAAAUAAUGUUGAAAACAGCUUAGUAGAACCAUAAGAUGUUGAUUUUGGAAUACAUUUUCUCAUAUUCAGAGUUUCAAAAGUAAAUUGGAAAUGAAACUGUAUAACCUCACUCUGUGCAGCUUUGUUUGGUUGACUCAGUUCACCUUUGGGUAUUUAUUAUAUAAAAAACUUUAUUAUUUGAGGAACUCAGAGGGCAAAUAAAAAAUUCUUACCCUUAAUAUUCUAAGAUUUCUUGUGAGUCACAGAACAAAUUAGUCAGAUGCACAAACCGGAACAAAUUAUUCUGGGUCCAAUCACAAUUAUUUUUUAAAGAUGUUUUUGAGUAGCCAUCAUUUAGAAAAUAGAGGCUUUGCCUUAUCAGACAGGAUGUAACCCUCUCAUUUUAAAACAUGAAUAGUAAGAAAUUUUUUAAUUUUUAAAAUUUAGUUUUAUUUGGUCGUGCCCCUAGCAUGUGGAAGUUCCCAGGGCCAGGGAUCAAACCUGUGCCACAUCAGUGACAAUGACAGAUUCUUAACUGCUAGGCCACCAGAGAAUUCCAGAAGGAAAAAUUUAAAGUAUACUACUAAUGUAAUAAAACUGUAUUGUGACUCAAACAUCCAUUGAGUCUGGGAGUUUCAGAUUUGAAUCUUAGUUCUACCAUGUCCCAAAUCUUAUGUACCUUCUGUGUCUUCUAACCUCACUUUAAUUUGUAAAUGAAGUCAUUUAAUGGAGCCUGUUGUAAAGAUUAAAUGAAAUAACACCUGUAAGCCUGGCACAGUGUCUGAUACAUACCACAGUGGUCCCUCAGUAUCCCGUGGGUAUUCAUUCCAACAACUUUGUGGGUAUAAAAGUCCUGUCAUGUUCAAGUCCUUUAUAUUAUUAUACUAUUUUUUGUGGAAAAGUGGGCCCUCCCUGCUCAGGGGUUCUGCAUAUAAGGAUAUGGAGGGCUGCCUGUUCAUGUUUAUUUGGUCAAGUGACAUAAGGCUACCUUUUCCCAAGUGUUUUAACUAUAAGUUUAUCAUGAUGCACAGAUACUUUGCUUGCAGCCUUACAUUAUCUACUUACUGUUCCUGUGAAAUAGGCUUUUCCUAUAAGAUAGGCAAUUUAUACUUGUGCUAACGUUGGUAACCAUUGAUUUGUUCUUUGUCACACAAAUGUCAGAGGAUACUAAGUGGAAGGUUAGUGCAGCUCAAGAUAAUCACUCUCUUAGAUAAAUGCUCAGCAUAUUUUCUGACAAAACACAUAGCUGUCUAAUUAAAAAAACUCAGCAGGUAACCCCACUACCUCAGAGAUUUACCAGCCCUUCCACAGGGUAGGGGGUUGAGUUCAUUAGGUUCUCAAGGAGAGCAUUUCCCUGAGGUGUAGGUUUGUUUCAUGUCACAGAUUCAAGGCCAGAGUGACAAGGUGAGUUUUUUGGAGGAUGGGGGAUUUGAUUGAUAGGUAGACUGAAAAAGAGAUUAUAAGAAGGAAAUCAUGCAGAAAAUCCAUAAGACAGAAACGAAUGUGUUAUGCUUAUGCUAUAGUUGGGGAAUGAUGUUAUGUGGCAAAAGACCAAAUUAAAGAUUAUUUGAAAAGGUGUAACUGACUGUAUUAGGGAACAGGGUGAUUGUAGAUUUUUAAGCAGCAUGGUGAUUUGAUUUUAAAGGGAGGAGGGGGUAGAAGUGAGAAAAGAUUGUCAAUGUUAGUUAAUGAUUGGAGGUAAAUUGAAUCUGAAAAGUUGUCCUGUCAGCCCUAGUAUUCAGGUUGAGACAUCCUGAAAUAGAAUCCUAUGCCAUCAUACUAGAGUUAGAGAGUCUUUAUUACCUUGUUCUUAUUUUAGAGAUGAGAAAACAUGUUUAGAUGUACAAUUACUUGCCCAAAGGCACAGACCGAAUCAGGUUGAGAGUGAGAGAAAAGAUGGAAUUGAUGGUACCACUAAAGUAAAUGGUGGGAAAACCAGUGUACUAAGAUGGUUUAGAGCAUUGUAUCUAGCCCAGGAGUCUAAAUUCUGCACGUCACUAAGGUCCACCCACUAUGACUUGUCUUCCUGGAGCCAGGGAGACAGAGAAGAGACAGUCCUCAUAACUACACAUCCAGGCUUUGAGUCCUAUCUUCCCCCAAGUUUCCUCCAUUUUUAGAAAGUGGUUUGUAUGAGAGUUUCCGUUGUGGUGCAGCAGAAGCGAAUCUGACUAGUAUCCUUGAGGAUGCAGGUUGGAUCCCUGGCCUCGCUUAGUGGGUCGAGGAUCAGCAUUGCCAUGAGUUGUGGUGUAGGCCGGCAGCUGCAGCUCUGAUUCAACCCCUUGCCUGGGAACUUCCAUUUGCCUUGAGUGCAGCCCUAAGAAGCCAAAAAAAAAAAAGAAAGCGGUUUGUCCGUUUUUCUAUAAUAGGCCUCUCUGUCUUCUCACAGGCCUCAAAAAAAAAUCCAUGUCAGUAAACUGAAUCCCUGAGUGGGAUAUUGUUGCUUUUUCACACGGAGGUAGAAGGAAAGCAGGGUGGUGCUGGAGGAGGGUUUUUUCCUUGAGCCCAAGGAUACUGAGGUACCAAUAUAUUAUUCUCUAACUUGGUCUUUCUCCAGUUGUCAACUUGUGGAAAAAUAGGCCCCCUUUCUGUGCAGUUUCCUAUCCCUCUUUAUUUAAACAAAUUUGAAAAGAAAUAUUUCUUCUGUGUCAGCAGGAUGCAUGCUAAGUGCAGAGCUCUGGUGGUGACUACAUAGGAAGUGAAAUGGAAAUUAAAGUUUACAGUGUGAAAUGGAUGGGCACAAGGCUUUUAUCUUAAUGUAAGCAUAUCCAUAAGUGUGGCCUAAAUUGAAUUAAGAGUAUACUAAUGAUGCAGUCUUUACAGGAAACUUCAUCUAAAAUAUAUGGAGCUGUGAAAUUACUGGCUUACUUGAACCUAACAUCACCAUCAACUAAUCUCAGAAUCAUAAUUGUUACAUGUGAAAGAGAGCAUCUGGCUCAAACCCUUAAUUUUCUCAAUGAGGAUUCUAAGUCCAGAGAAGAUGAGUGACUUCUUCAAAGUUACACAGGUAACAAAUUCAAAUCCUAUAACUUACCCAAAUUCACUGCCUUCCACCUACAGGAUUUGAAGGCCAUUGUGGCUGGCUUUAUAGAGCCAUAUUAUACAACCAAAAUGCUUUUAUGUACUACUGGAAUUAAGUCGUAAAAAGUCUUCAUUGAUUGAAAUCCCAGCAUCAAAUAUUUAUAAUUUCUCUACUUUUAUGUUAUCCAUCUCCUUUGAGAAUUCCAUAUUAUUUUUUUAUUCCUCUCAUGAGAACCUAAAAUAUCUUGAUUUCCAAUAAAAAUAUCUACAUUUAUUUGUACUUUAUUUAUACAAGUGUAUAGUAGCUUUUUGCCUACAAAUCAUCUAGUUUCUCCUUUUAAAUUAUAAACUGGAUGGCAAAGACAAUAUUUCCUAUUUGGUACAGUCCUUGUAAAGUACACUUUGGGACCCUAAAUAAGUGUUUUUAACAUGAAGUGCACCUUCCAAGUAUCUGUGCACUUUGGGCCAGCCCUUUUUCUCUGUUGUGUGUGGCAUAUACACUCCCUGUGGGCAUUUGCUAAGUGAUAGUCUUUGUAGUAGGAAUUACUAUUGCAGGUCCAUUUCUUCUGUUUCCUUUUAUUAAUCCCAGUCUUUUUCCCAACUGGCUGAAGAAGUUGAUCACAAGGAAAACAUUUUAUACAGUCUUUAAAGGACUGGUUUCAGUUAAUCAUAUAGUGCAACGUAAUUAUGGAAUCUAAAAGUCGGAAAGAAGGUUGAAAACCAAUUUCUUGUGCUUACCCUGGAAAAAUAUUUUUUAAAAAGUGAAUAAGUUAUCAACAAGUCUUCAGCCAUUAAAAUCAGUUCUUUUAUAUCUGGUAUAAAUCCUUAUCACUGCUAUGUAAUUCUUUGACAUGUCUCCUGUGGAAAGACUAUUUUACAUUGUUGUGUGUUGAGGGUAUGGGUAGAAAAAGAAACCAUUUUUUUUCUUCAGAUCUUUUUGUAACUAUUAUUUUGAAAAAUGUAUUUUUACUCCUGAAAUGUUUAAUAUGAAGUUAUGAAAUGAAAGAGGGUGACUGAUAUCAGAAUUCAUUAAAGUCAAUCUUGGGAAUUAUUUGCCUUGAAGGAUAAAAAGGGAAACAAAUGUUCCCAGGCAAGCCAAAAGGCAGAGUAUGAGAUUUACUUUUCCAGUGCUCACCAAAAGUGACUAUAAUUUGGCUGGAGUGAUUCUCCUGAAUUCAAAAAGAAGGCAUGAUCUGGUGCCUGGUUACAUCCACAAUCUUUAGAGCACUUCUUUACCAAAGAAGAAUUUAAAUUAUACUGGUCCUGAGCUAGAAACUUCUUUGCUACUAAGAAAACUUUUCUGAGAAAUAACCUUCUUGAUUCCAAAUACCUGGGGAACAGCACAUUUGAAGAUAGUUGACCAAAAAAAAUAUUGCAAUCAGAAAGCCACACACCAUUCAGGCAGAAUCUGGUUGGUGAGGGAAGCUGUUCCCAUGAUUAGUGAGCUUCCCCAGCUAGCCUGUAGGUGGGUGUGUUUAACAGAAGGAAGCAAUGGGAACCCGCCUGUCAGCCAGCCUUUAGAGCUAAUUAGCUCAGCAUACAACAAAGAUAAGUGAGCCUGGGAGGAGGGCCCCCUGAGGGGUCUUUAGAUUCUGGGAAAUGUCUGAUUGGCAGAUGUUAAAAGAGAUUCUUUGGUAAUCCUGUGCAUCAAUGAGCUGCACAAAUUCAGACCAGGACUGCAAGAAUUCAGGCAUGAGGACACUGUGCAGCAGGCUCGCACAGGCAGACCCAAGAUGGACAGAACAUUGGAAUCCCUGAGACACAUCAUUGCCCAAGUCUUGCCUCAUAGAGACCCGGCUCUUGUCUUCAAAGACUUGAACGUUGUGUCAAUGUUACAGGAAUUUUGGGAAAGCAAGCAGCAACAGAGGGCUGCGUUCCCAAGUGAAGGUGUGGUGGUCUAUGAGUCGCUGCCAUCUCCUGGACCACCCUUUGUGAGUUAUGUGACCCUCCCAGGGGGAAGCUGUUUUGGCAACUUUCAGUGCUGCUUAAGUAGAGCUGAGGCCAGACGGGAUGCAGCUAAAGUGGCCCUAAUCAACUCCCUCUUCAAUGAGCUGCCCUCUCGCAGGAUCACCAAGGAAUUCAUUAUGGAGAGUGUGCAGGAAGCAGUUGCCUCCACCAGUGGCACUCUGGAUGAUGCAGAUGACCCCAGCACCAGCAUCGGAGCCUAUCACUACAUGCUGGAGUCUAACAUGGGGAAGACUAUGCUGGAAUUUCAGGAACUGAUGACCAUUUUCCAACUGUUGCACUGGAAUGGAAGCCUAAAAGCCCUUCGUGAAACAAAAUGUUCCCGACAGGAAGUCAUCUCCUACUAUUCCCAGUAUUCUCUGGAUGAAAAGAUGCGCAGCCACAUGGCCCUGGACUGGAUCAUGAAGGAGCGGGAGUCGCCAGGAAUUCUCUCAGAGCUACGAAUGGCCCUGAGGGAAUUGGAGGAAGCCAGGAAAGCAGGACAAGAACUACGGUUUUACAAAGAAAAGAAAGAAAUCCUGAGUUUAGCUUUGACUCAGAUCUACAGUGAUCCUGACACUUCCUCACCCAGUGAUGAUCAGCUGAGCCUUACGGCCCUUUGUGGCUAUCACUAGCAAGGCCAGGUCCCAGCUGUCCCCUUGGGGGCAGAAGCCAGACUCUAACAUUAGGAAGGUCAUUGAAGGAGGUCAUCAGAGGCUUUAGCACCUAUAGCUGCUACCUGAAAGCUGUACUAAUUCUCCCUACCCACCUACUCCAUUCACAGAAUCUCAGAGUAAUAGGACCCUUACAGGAGACUUCAUCCCAUUCAAUGCAGUUUUCCCAUAACACCCUCAGUAGUUCCACCCCAGACUGAAUGGAUAGAGACAGGAUUGUUUGAAAAAUAUUUUCCAGGACUGCCUUCAACUUUAAGGCUGGUUGACAUGGGCCUUGCUAGAUUAUAUACAUUGUUUCAAAGAAUGGGUCAAUGUAGUCUUUCCCCAAAAGAACAUCAGCCAGGACUGGGGAAAGUAGCACCACAGCAAUUUUUUAAAAAUACUUGAGAUUAAAUAACCAAUAUGGAUAUUUAAAAAAUAUAUAUAUAUCCAAAGAUCAGAAUUUCUUCCUAAGCUCUCUAUAAGAUUGCUGACACACUACCAGGUGUAAUCCAGUUCUUCUGUGGGGAUUUUACCUGUACCUCCUAUCAAAGAUCUUGAAGUGGUAAUAGUAUGAAAAUGCCAUAUAAAUUUAAUGUGGUUUAAAAUGUCAUUGUGAUUUUUUUUUUUUAAAUCCACACUCUUCUGCAUGGAGAUAAAUGUCACGCAGGGUAGUAUCCCCAUUUGUAUUCCUUAAGAAUUCAUAUCUGGAGUUCCCUUGAUGGCUCAGCAGAAAUGAAUCUGACUAGCAUGCAUCAAGACACAAGUUCAAUCCCUGGCCUUGCUCAGUUGGUUAAGGACCCAGCGUUGCUGUGAGCUGUGGUGUAGGUUGCAGAAAUGGCUUUGAUCUGGUUUUGCUGUGGCUGUGAUGUAGGCCGGCAGCCGCAGCUCCAAUUCAACCCCUAGCCUGGGAGCCUCCAUAUGCCAUGGGUGCAGCCCUAAAAAAGACAAAAAAAAAAAAAAAUUCAUAUCCAAUUAUGAGUCCUGCAAUCAGUCAUGUACAUUCUUAAUUUGCAAAUAAAUGAACUGAUUUAUUUUAUUUCUGCCACCUCAGUCAUGGAGAAAGUUAGGGGCAUUUCAAAGGUUAAAACAUCUGAAAAAUUAUUAGCAUUUAACAAUGUUUACGUUUACAUUUGAUUUGUUUCUCAUGUGUUAGAGAAAAAGAAUCAUUAGCUGUCUUUGUUGUCUUUCAAGAACUUAAGCCACUAGUAGCUCAAAUGUAGUAUCAUUUUUCACUUUGAAUUACUAGAAUUUUCUUUAAAGAGGAGAUAAAAUAUUGCCAUUUCUCUUUCCAAAUGGGUCAGUCAACUGAUUAGAAAACCCAAAGCAAAGACAAACCAAUUUUUAGAUACUUCCUGGUCACUCAAAUUUAAGAAUGGCAGCAGUGUCAGUUUUAAACACUUAUAGAUAUUUCCCUAUAUAGAACAUGGAUUUUCAUUCAUUCCAAUAAUUCAAAGAAAACAAUUUUCUCAAGUUUAAGUAAGAUUUCUUUUUCUGCUUGCUUAGGCAAAAGCACAUUAACUUUCAUGAAAACUAAAACCAUUAUAAUUGCAUUAAAAAUUACAAAAACACGAUAGUUUAGCUUUAUAUCUAAAUAGCUACAAUAGCAAUUGUCAUUCCUUGAAUCCUCACGAAAACUACUGUAUGUUGAGCAUAUAUUUUUGAAUUAGCCUUGAUAAUAAAAAAUUAACUUCAUAUAUCAUUUUUCUCACACCAGGGGAAAAGUUAGCUACAUAUCUGCCCUACUCAAAUGUCUUGAAAAGGUAGUACUAUAAUAUUAGAUAAUUUUAUUUGAAAUAUUGUUUUAAUAAAAAUAACAUUCCUCUCCAUAAUGAAGCUAAAUGUCACCUAGAAGAAAACUUUAUUCCCUUACACUCACAAAAAGGAAUUAGAAUUAAACUUUUAAGUUGAAUAAAUUUUAAAAUUACUUCCUAUUUAAAGUAAUUUUUUCAUAAAAUCAUUUCUCUUUAUCAUUUCAGAAAAUCCACAACUUCCCACGUUAGGUGUGAUUAAAGGUAGGUACAUCUGUACUGCAUUUGCAGCCUUUGACAAUGACCGUCUCAAGCUGAUACCAUCCAAUUAGAUGCAGGAACAGUAAUCACCCUGGAAAAUACUAAAUUUACUCUCUGCCUUGCAGUUAGAAAACUGUACCCAUUCUGAAAGCAGAGGUUCCCUCUUGGCCACUAUCAGCUUUUCCUGGCUUGUCAAAUCUGCCCACUCUUCCAGGAAUGGAAUGGAAGUUUCAGCAAAAGAAGCAAAAGCAAAUCUUUGCCACUGCUUCUCCCUGUGGUGCUCAUUUAUAGCAAAUCGGUUUCAGCUAAGACCUGAUAGCUAUUGGUACAUCACAUGAGUAUCCAUAAUUGUGGCCCUGAGAAGAGCAGGAUUGAAAAGCAAAGUAGGUUUUAUUAUUUUUCAUUUUCUAUGUCUUGUUCUCGAAAACACACUGUGGUGAAGGGGCCUAUAGUAGAGGAGUCUCUAAAUACACGGAGCUUUGAGUCCUAACCUGUUGUGGUUUUAAACCCUUCGAGAAUCUGCUAAAAGCUGAAGAUCUACUAGAAAAAUACAAUGAAACAUAUACAUUCAAAAUUAUACAAACCAGAGAGUAUGUGGACCUCCUCCAAAUCCAUAGAUUGCUUUGCCCAAGGACCCUCAGUUAAACUUAAUUUUGAGCACAUAGUUAUAGUCUCUUAAACUUUUCAGCAGAGAGUCAACCUAGCUCAUACAUAGCCCCAUUAACCCAUAUCUAGGGAGAAUAUCACCCUUAAAUACAGAAUUGCACUGUACUUUGCCAAGAGACAGUUUAAUUUUCACAAAAUCCAAAUAUGCCAUAAUAUUACCAAAAAAUAGCUUAAAGCAAACCAGUCACUAAACUUGUGAGAACAUAUCAGAAUAUUAUGGAUUUAAUAAAGUCAUCAUUCCUCUAAUGAUCAGAA